AAGGCUACCACUCCUCCAACCUUUCUCACUGACAUGCUUUCUUUUUCGACACUUGAUACUUUCUCAACGUCUAUUUCUUUUUUUAUUCUAAAAAAAAAGUCAGAAAAGAACAAGAAAUCGAAGGGAAUACAUUAUAGAAUGUGGCGAGACAGGCGGUCUCUUUUCUUGUUAACUAUUCUGUUUGCAAGAGGCCACGGGUUCCAGACAUAUUUCCAACCUCAGAACUGUACACUGCAGUGUGUUUGCCAGGGAUCCCCAGGAUGUGAGUAUUGCAGGAUCAGUAAAGGUGAUGUUGAAACUACACUUGGCUUCACCGCUGCUGGUCUCUUUGCAGGUUGUAUGCCAUGGCUGUGUCAUUCUUUUUUAGGUCUGCAAAAUCCUGAGGUGUGCAAGCACUAUGUACAUGCUCCUCAGAAUAUCACCAUUGAGUUUGUGGAAAGUCAAAACCCUAAAUAUGAGACUGUUGUUGUGUCAUGGAGACCUAGUCAAUAUGGUAUUGCUUUUUUGCGUGGUUUCCAAGUUUCACUCCAGACUUUAGGUGGCACUCAGAUCGCAUGUCAGCUCUUCCUCCUUCAGAACAAUAUGUCACUCUCUGCUGUUCAUGCUCAAAGGGUAUAUUACUCAGAUCCUUUUAGAGAUCUCUCUCUGGGUACCCAGUAUGCUGUGACUGUGAUAGCUCUUCCUGUUCCUGAGAUCUGGGAAAGAUUUUAUAAUAGCAAAUUGUUCGUCACACGCUCAUGUCCUGAGAAAAAUGGCUUGGAGAACUGCAAAACAGACUGGUAUCCCACAUAUGUUGAAGUCCACCAGGAAAACAAAGAUAUUAUUGUGACUUUUAAUUUGGCACCUGAGACUUUGGGUAUCAAUCACUAUUUUUCAUCAUGCUAUGGAGGGGGCUCACGCAGCUCUGAUAUCAUUCAACCAGACCGCAGUGUUAACAGCACUCAUCAUAUGUAUCAUUUGCUCAAUCUCCACAUGGAGAUCAACUACACCUGUGAGAUUGCAGCAGAUAUUGUGGAUGCUGUUAGGAAAACUUUCUUUGUUCAAGUACAGAACAGUGUAAAAGAGCCUUUUUCCUUAGACAAGGAGAGUAUUUCUUUAGCAGUACUGUUCUCUGUUCUACUAGCAGCAUUCUUAGCAGUCAUCGUUGCUAUUCACUUGCAAAACAAAAUGAAAAAAAAGGCAGCAAAGUGUCAUAUACCAUCAGACAUAAAUGAUGCGUAUUAUGAUGAAUAUACAGAGCAUCAUUUUAUACCAGUAUCCAACAGGACUAAUCGCCCUCGACUCCUGAUUUGCUACUCAAGCAGUGACUGUUCUGCCCAUGUAAAUGUUGUCUUACAAUUGGCAACAUUUGUGCAAAAGCAUAUGGCAACUGAGGUAUAUUUGGAUCUGUGGGAUGCCUUAAGUGUGACUGAGGAAGGAGAUUUGGGGUGGUACUGCAGGAAGAUAAAGGAGAGCGACUUUGUGCUCAUAAUCUGCUCCAAAGGUCUCAACCAGAGACUCGAUAACCAGAGAGAAGAAGAACUGGACCAAAGAACAAAUACUUCUUUAGCCAUUAUUGCCAUGAUUGGAGAAGAGAUAUUCCAUGCCAAAUCUCUAAGCCAAGACCUUUCCAAAUACAUGACUGCCAUUUUUGAGUAUUCAAAGAGGUCAGACAUUCCUACAAUGUUAAAUUUGGCCUCUCAUUAUACUUUUCCAAAGGAUUUACCCCUGCUUUUCUCCCAUCUACAUGGAGUGGCUUUGCAGAAGCCUGGAGCUUACCUACUGAUUGAAAACAUCUCAGAAAAUGGUUACUCUAAGCUCCCAGCUGGUGCAGCAUUACUACUAGCUAUUCAAGACGCACGGAUACUAAUCACUGGCUUGUAAACUCUCUGGCAUAAUAAUAUAACUUGAGAAAGGGUCAUAUGAUUUACCUGCUCCUCUCAUUGUAUCAAAGUAACACUGAUUGUCUUGUUACAAUCUAGGAAGUGCUGCACCAGUGCUGUUGCUACAUCUCAAUUGUACAUCUGCAACAUGGUUAUUAUAACUUUAUAAUUUGUUGAGGACACAGGCAAUGAGAUGCCCUUGUAGACUCAUUUUCUUAUAUUCAGGUAGUCUUUUAUCAAAUACUGUGGUUUAAGAUAGUCUCUAUUAAAAUGUCUGUGUAUUGUAGGACCAAAUUCCACUGAACGAUUAAAAUGUUUUUCACUUGCAAAGUUAUUCACUCUAAUUUAAGCAUUUGAUUCAAACAUUCCCAUGACCUUUGCAUUAAAAAAAAAAAAAAAAGAUUAUUAGAAGAUUACUCCAUGGUUCUAUUUCUUCAUUUUUUACCUUUUUUUCAAAUCUAUAUGGGUAAUUUAUAUAUAUAUUUUUUUACAUGUACAGUUUCUACUUGUCUUAUUACCACUUGCAUUGGUAAUUCCAUUCAUUUCAUUUCUCUUGUUGAAAGUUUGGCCAACUAAAAAAAAAAACCUAGUUCAUCCAUUUUGUUUAUGAGCACCAUUUACCGGUUUGUAUGGUUUUAUGGACUUAUUGAGACUUAAAAAUGGUGUUUAAUUAUGAAUGUUCCUUCAUUUUAAUUUACAUUUAAAUUAAAGCUCUAUUUAACCACAAUAUUAUAUAUUUAAGCACAAUUUUAAGUCCUUGUCUGUCCCUGAAAGUAAACUGACAAGUUUUUUAGAAAUAUUCUGAAUAUUCACUGGUCUGGAAGUGGUGAACAAACCCUUUCCCGGGCUGAGACAAGCUAGCUAGCUUCAGGGUUGGCCGACCUCUUCUCUCAGAUGUCUAGCUUUUAUUGAAAAUGUAUUUUUAUGAAUGUAUUUUUUUGUCUGUUUGUUUUAAUAACCUUUUUUUGGGACAAGGAUUCCAGUCCCGGAAACAAGCAGGUUCUAGUUCCUGUGAAAUUACACUGAAUGCACAGGAAAAAAAAAUAAAUGUGUUAAGAUUGUACUGAGAAUGUUAGUAAGUAUCUUUUGUUAAUGUUGGAUAAAUAAACUGUU